CUCCCGCCGCUCCGCCCGGCCCCGCUCCCGGCUCGGCUCGGCCUGGCCCGGCACCGCGCUCCCGCCGCCCGCCCGCACCGGCGGCUGCGCGCCUCGCCCUAGCAGCCCUUCCGUUGCGCAUUUUGUGCGGGUUUUUGCGCGCUUUCCCCGCCGUGCCGGGCAGCAUGGGGCUGCCGGCGCUGGAGUUCAGCGAGUGCUGCCUGGACAGUCCGCAGUUCCGGGAGCGGCUGCGCUCCCACGAGGCCGAGCUGGACAAGACCAACAAGUUCAUCAAGGAGCUCAUCAAGGACGGGAAGUCGCUCGUCGCCGCCCUCAAGAACCUGUCGGCCGCCAAGCGCAAGUUCGCGGAUUCCCUCAACGAGUUCAAAUUCCGCUGCAUCGGCGACGCCGAGACGGACGAUGAGAUCUGCAUAGCCAAGUCUCUGCAGGAGUUUGCCACGGUGCUGCGGAACCUGGAGGACGAGCGGAUGCGCAUGAUCGAGAACGCCAGCGAGGUGCUGAUCACGCCGCUGGAGAAGUUCCGCAAGGAGCAGAUUGGGGCUGCCAAGGAUGCCAAAAAGAAAUACGACAAGGAGACUGAGAAAUACUGUGGUGUCCUAGAAAAGCACUUGAACUUGUCUUCCAAGAAGAAAGAAUCCCAGCUUCAGGAGGCAGACAGCCAGGUGGACCUGGUUCGGCAGCACUUCUACGAGGUGUCCCUGGAAUACGUCUUCAAGGUGCAGGAGGUCCAGGAGAGGAAGAUGUUUGAGUUUGUGGAACCUCUGCUGGCCUUUCUGCAGGGGCUGUUCACAUUCUACCACCACGGCUACGAGCUUGCAAAGGACUUCAGCGAUUUCAAGACAGAGCUGACAAUCAGCAUCCAGAAUACAAGAAACCGCUUUGAGGGAACACGGUCAGAGGUGGAAGCUCUGAUGAAGAAGAUGAAGGAGAAUCCCCAUGAACACAAGAACAUCAGCCCCUACACCAUGGAGGGGUAUCUCUACGUGCAGGAGAAGCGUCACUUUGGGACUUCCUGGGUGAAGCAUUACUGCACCUACCAGAGGGACUCCAAGCGCAUCACCAUGGUGCCCUUUGACCAGAAGUCAGGGGGAAAAGGGGGGGAGGAUGAAGCUGUCACCCUGAAAUCCUGUACACGGCGGAAAACAGACUCCAUUGAGAAGAGGUUCUGCUUUGAUGUGGAGGCUGUGGAUCGGCCCGGCGUCAUCACCAUGCAGGCGCUGUCGGAGGAGGACCGCAGGCUGUGGAUGGAGGCCAUGGACGGCCGGGAACCGGUGUACAACUCGAACAAGGACAGCCAGAGCGAAGGCACCGCCCAGCUGGACAGCAUCGGCUUCAGCAUCAUCAAGAGGUGCAUCCACGCUGUGGAAACCAGAGGGAUCAAUGAGCAGGGGCUCUACCGGAUCGUCGGGGUGAACUCCAGAGUUCAAAAGCUGCUCAGUAUAUUAAUGGAUCCCAAGACAGCCACAGAGACAGACACAGAGAUCUGUGCAGAGUGGGAGAUCAAGACCAUUACCAGUGCACUGAAAACCUACCUGAGAAUGCUCCCGGGGCCCCUCAUGAUGUACCAGUUUCAAAGGAGCUUCAUCAAAGCAGCGAAACUGGAGAAUCAGGAGUCCAGGGUGUCGGAGAUCCACAGCCUCGUUCAUCGGCUCCCGGAGAAAAACAGGCAGAUGCUGCACUUGCUCAUGAACCAUUUGGCAAAAGUUGCAGAUAAUCACAAGCAGAACCUGAUGACUGUUGCUAAUCUGGGUGUGGUGUUUGGGCCGACGCUGCUUCGACCUCAAGAGGAAACAGUGGCUGCCAUUAUGGACAUCAAAUUCCAGAACAUUGUGAUUGAAAUUUUAAUAGAAAACCAUGAGAAGAUAUUUAACACGGUGCCAGAGGCUCCGGCGUCGAACUCGCAGCUGCUGUUAUCCCGCAAGAAGAGCAUGGAGUCGAAGCCGCCGUCGUGCAGCGAGCGGCCGCUGACGCUGUUCCACACAGCCCAGCCCAACGAGAAGCAGGAGAACAGGAACAGCAUCAUCAACUCCAGCCUGGAGUCCGUCAUCUCUUCAAAUGUGAACAGCUUCCUCAACUCCAACAGCGCUCCCCAGCCCAGCCUGAACUCGAGUGAUCUUGAACUAGAAGUAAUUAAGCCCAACAGGCCAAAUUCCCUCCCUCAGAAUCCAAGCCCAACGUCACCCCUCUCACCGUCCUGGCCCAUGUUCUCUGCGCCAUCAAGUCCUAUGCCCACCUCCUCUACGUCCAGCGACUCAUCCCCCAUCAGCUCCCCUCUGCGCAAGGCGCGCGCGCUCUACGCCUGCAAAGCCGAGCACGACUCCGAGCUCUCCUUCACGGCCGGCACCGUGUUCGACAAUGUUCAUCCAUCCCAGGAGCCUGGCUGGCUGGAAGGGACCCUCAACGGCAAGACAGGACUGAUCCCUGAGAACUACGUGGAGUUCCUAUAACUGCGGGGUGACAGUGCCACUGCCAAGCGUUCCAUGGUAUCCAUGGGGAGUCCUGCAGGCCCUGUGCCCUCUGCCACUGUGUGACCGGGGUGAGGACAGCCCUGUGCCACUGCUGGGUGUUGGUGUGGAUUGGACGUGGCCUCUCCUCCCCGGGCUGUGGGGACGGUCCUGGGGACACAGAGAGAUCCCCCACCCCGAGGUGGGCGUGCUUCAAGCCCUCAGCCCAGCGAUGGAAAACCAGCCAAGGGACAGCCAAGAGCUCCGAGGGGCCGAGCUGAAGAGGAUCCUGUGAUCCCAGAGCCUCCCCUGACUGCCCCGAGCAGCUGUGGGUGCUGCCAGGGAGCUCCCCGAGCUCUGGGGCAGGGGAAGGGCUGGGGCUGAGCUCCGUGGUGCCCGGGCAGCCCUGGGUGUGCCCCCUGUGCCACCAGCGCCGGCUCUUGCGGGCGAGAGCGAGCCCUGGGCAGGCUCUGCAGGGCUCAGCCCUGGCAGGGCUCAGCAGGCACCUGCUCGGUGGAGAGAGGAUGUUUGGGACCAAACCCCUCAAACCCUUCUUGUUUUCAGGAUUUUGAUUUUGUGGGGUAGCCCUCAGUGUGUGCGAGGUCCCGCUGCACCCCAGACAAACCCCGCUCGUGUUGUUUGGCUGUUUGGUACCUCCCAAACCCCCUGUACAGACACAUCCGUGCUCUGCCGGUGCCCAGCCCUGCUGCAGCUGCCUCUGCCUCUCUCCAGCGCUGUUGUUCAGGCCUCCCCCUGCUUGCAGCCUGCUCCGUGCCAAGCCUGUGCAGUGCUGGUUGUGCCAGGUGAAUUAUUGCCAUCCUUGCGGGGCAUUUGGCCAGGAUGGGGCUGUGGAGAGCCCGGGACCAGCCCUGCCCAGCCCGGCUCCCUCCUGCCUCCAUGGACACGCCUCGAGGGCUGGCGGGCCAGUGUGCAAACCCUCAGCAUUCCAGCCCCUUUUGCAGGGGCAGGGUGGGAGAAGGAGCCCUGUUUGACUGCAGAGCUGGGAUUUUCAGAGCUGGAAUCAUAUUUUAUAAAAAGCAAGUCUCAAAAGAGCCCCCAGCCCGUGGCGGUGGGGAUGGAUGUCGUGGCUUUUUGUAACACUUUUAAAGACUCUGAGUGACUGAAUUGCUCUAUGUGUCACUUCUUAUUUUUGAAAGGAUUAAUGUAUAAAUAGAGUAUCUUAAAAUAUUGUGAGGAAAAGAUCUAUAUUUGAUAUUUUUAGAAGAGCUGUAAGGAGAGAAGCGAAGGACAUUUGAAGCCGAUCACCGAGAGGCUCCAAAGCCCCCGACCCCCAGCCUGGAGCUGCUGCUUCCUUCACCCCGUGGUGUCACUUUUAGAGAAGGGAGCUGAAAUUUCAGCCCUCUUCACGUUUUUGUCCACACUAAUUAAACUUCCUGGGCUUUUGUCUUGGGGAAAAAAAAAAGAGGAAAAAGGUGAUCAUUUUUUUCCUGCUCUCCAGGGUGGGUAGCACAGCUCAUUGCCGUGGGAUCACACCCUCUCCAUAACACUCUGACUCCCUUGGGAACACUCUGGGCCCCUCACAUCGCUGGUGUGGUUUGGGCAGGGGGGAAGUCCCCAGGCUGCCCCGUGAUCUCUGCUCUGAGGUGUUGGAUGGAGAGGGAGAGAGGUUUGUAGGGAUAAAAUUCGGUGUUUCCCUGGCAUGUUGCUGGUUCAUCUCCAUCCUUGGAUUUUGUAGCCAACUUCUGUGCUAUUUCUUGGCUUUCCUGAGGGCAAGGAUGAGGCCAGGCUUUAUCCAGCCCUGGCAUCAGAUGGGGCUGGGCUGUAUCCAGCCUUGGCUUAGGAUGAGGCCAGGCUUUAUCCAGCCCCAGCAUCGCUCCGUGGCUGUGCUGGGAGCUCGGGCGCUGCCUGGGCGGGUGUGUGAGAGCCCCUCCCUGGGGCUGGGAGCGGGAUGGGGAGGGCUAAUGGAAAGGAUUUUUAAAAACCUUUAAUAUUUCCUCUGUCAGCACUAUUUGUUUGUGUUUGUGUCCUGUCCUGAGCCGCUCCUCCUGCCUUCCUGGGACGCUGCAGAGCAGAGCGAGGGCUGGGGAUGAAUGGGAAUUGCAAAUCUGCCAAGAGCCCUCCAAAAGGCUUUAUUUGGGGACAGGGUAUUUAGGGACCUGCUUAGCAAUGCUGUGUGAGCACCAGCACUGCUCUGCCCCCGCCGUGUCCCCACAAAACCUUUCCAUGCAGGGUCCCCCCUUGGCUCCUUGGAUGCUCCAGUUACUCUGAGACUGGAGUAAAUUCCUUUUCAGAGGCACUGGGGAGUUUGGGAUGUGCUACCUAGAGAGUUUCUGGGAACAAAAGUCCCAUGCAGAUGUAUUUACAAGAUGUCUCCUGGAGGAAAGGAAAUCCUACUGAGGCAGAAGUUAUUGCUCUUACAGGAGAGCCGGUGGAGUAUUUUUUCUUAAUUAAAAUUUUCCAAAAAGAAAAA